AUGUUUGAAAACCUGUGCGCGCUCCAAUUGGACUCGGAUCUCUUCGCGCAGGCGAUCCACCCAGAAGAGCCAAUCGUCGCGGUUGGACUCGCCUCUGGGCAUGUCCAGACGUAUCGACUGCCGCCAGGCGCGAGCGACGACAGCGACCCGGACGAGGCGCUGGCUGCGGAGAAAGGCUUUGGACACAUAGCGACGACGUGGAAGACGCGGCGGCACAAGGGAAGCUGCAGGACGUUGGCCUUCAGUGUCGACGGCUCGUCGCUGUACUCGGCAGGCACGGAUGGCAUCGUCAAGGUCGCAGACACGACAACCGGUCGUGUUACGGCCAAGUUCGCCGUGCCGCUGGAUCUAGCGAACGGCGGCAUCGAUGCGCCCACCCUCGUCCACGCCCUCUCGCCGCAAUCACUCAUUCUCGGCACCGACUCGUCUGCGCUGCACAUCUACGACAUCCGCGAUCAGGGCGCCAAGUCGGCAUUCAAGCCACAGGCCACGCACCGCCCACACGACGACUACGUCUCCUCCCUCACGCCUCUGCCACCCACCGAGGCGAGCACCAGCGGCUUCAGCAAGCAAUGGGUCACUACCGGAGGCAGCACUUUGGCUGUCACCGACCUGCGCAGAGGCGUCAUGGUGCGUAGCGAGGACCAGGAGGAGGAGCUGCUCAGCUCCGUCAUGGUCACGGGCCUGUCGAAGAAGGGCACCAGCGUCGGCGAGAAGGUGCUGGUGGGCGGCGGCAAUGGCGUUUUGACACUGUGGGAGCGCGGCGUGUGGGACGACCAGGACGAGCGCAUCACCAUCGAUCGCUCCAAGGGAGGUGGCGAGAGCUUGGAUGUCAUCGCCCUGCUUCCGGACGGUGUUGGACCUGGUGGAAAAAUUGCCGCUGUGGGCUUGGGCGACGGUUCUCUGCGCUUCGUCAAGCUCGGGCCGAACAAGAUCAUUGACGAGCUCAAGCAUGAUGAACUGCGUCAGGAAGGCGUCAUCGGACUUGGAUUCGACGUCACGGGCAGGAUGGUCAGCGGCGGUGGAAAGAAGCUGAAUAUAUGGGGCGAGAAGACCUGGCAGGACGUCCCCGAGGACGACGAGGAUGAGCAAGAGGAAGAAGCUCCCGCAAAUGGUAAACGCGAGCACGAGAGUGAUGAAGACGAGGACAGCGACGAGGACAUGGAGGAAAGCAGUGAGGAUGACGAGCCGAAGCAGAAGCGCAAGAAGAGGAGGAAGGGCAAGGGCGGCAAGCAAGCAAAAGGCCACGGCAUCCUCCACUUCUCCGGCCUGGCUUGA